AUGCUACGCAACGGUUCGCUCUUCGCUCGAAUUGACAAUGAAUAUCAGGUUCUUCCUUCCCUUUUGUUGUGGAAUCCUGCCACUAGAGAAGCCAGACCGGUUCCCCGCCCUAUUAAGAAUCGUAGCCGCUAUUAUUACGUAGGAUUUGGGUUCAGUCCUAUUGUUAAUGAUUACAAGAUAGUGAUGUUGUACUAUAAUUACAAGGUCGAGGUGUAUCCAUUAAGCACAGGGUCAUGGAAGGAAAUAAAUGUUGUUAACAUGGAGGGUGUAUUGCUUGAUUUUCCAACUAUCACCGUAAAUGGUGCUAUUUUUACAUUGGCACAACCAUCACCUGCUUUAUUUGGCUUUGAUUCACGUCGUAGCCUCACUGUGUAUGAGAACAAACUUGCUCUGUUUUCUUGUGCAAAGAGUGAGAACAAUGAAUCUUUUGUGAUUGAUUUGUGGGUGAUGGAAGAAGGUAUAGGUGAAUCCGGGAAGAGAAAGGGUUGGAGUAAGAUAUAUUCUGUCAGCACCAUUUUAAAUUUGGUUCCAUACGGUGUUUGGUUUGAUGAAAUAAUCUGCAAAGAUGAUCAUCCGCCUGUUAAAUGUUUUGAAUUUCCUAUAUGUCGGUUGAAUCUUAAUGCUCAUGAAUUGGAGACAUUUGCUACCUUCAGACGUGGAUAUCAGGUUUCAAUUGUUUGCAAUCAUGUAGAAAGUCUCGUACCUCUUGGCAGCAUCCACAUUGCAGAGGCUUGA